CAUCCUCGUUCAAACGAAAGCGGAAGAUUCAUCACGGAAUCGCAUUCCCGGCCUCCCCCCUCUGCCCUCUGCUCUAUAUAAGCGGCCCCUAGUCCCCAUUCCCGGCGGCUCGAAAAUUUCGCAUUCCCCGCUCCUCCUUCUCCCCGGCUCUUAAACCCAAAACCCUAACCCUAACAAAGGCGCCGCCGCCCCUCCGCACAUUUCGGCGCGACCCGUUCGUUCAAAACCGUCAACCGAAAAUAUUCGCCGUUGGGGGGCGAGCGAGAGAGAGGAGGAGGACGAGGAGAUGGCUCCGUUCGGCGAUGGCGGCGACGGCGAGGAGGGGGAGGUGGAGGAGGCGCAGUGGGGGUGGGACCCGCUGCGCAGCGGCAGCGCGCCGCCGGCAAUGGGCUGCGCGGCGGCGGCGGAGGGGGUGUUCGGUGGCGGCGGCGGUGGCGGCGGCGGCGGGGGUUCCUUCUUCUCCGGGGCUGGCGGGCUUGGCGCGAGGCUGGACGAGGUCAGCAGGCGGCGCGGGGCCGUCGCGCAGGACCACUAUGGCAAUUCUGUAUUACUCUCUAAAGGUUUAUCAGGCCUCCAGCUUAAUGAUGCUGGAGAGUUUGACGGGCAGCAAUUUGGACCGAGCAGAAUUCGAAAUGUUGGUGUAAUGCCAAACCACUCAACUUUUGAUAUGGGUUCCUCAUGGACAGAACCAGAAACAGACAACUCUGAGUUUCAUAGGCAUCGUAAUCGCUUUGUGUCAAACAUGGGAAAGAUGAAUACUUUUGGCAGAAGGAACCUUGAUUCUGAUCUUUCAGAUAGAUUCUCUGGUUUGAGGCUAUCUAAUAGUACAUCAUUUGAUGGAAGGAGUCAUGAGGAUGAGCUGCUUGAUGAAAUGCUCAGACAUACAACCGGUGAUAGCCAAUCUCCUUCAGCUUGUAAUAUAUUCUGCAGAUCUAGGUCCGACCACUUGGAUUUUCGAUUGCCAGCCACAUAUGGUGAUGUUUUAGGCAGACAGAACAGUGCAAUUGAUGGCCGCAAUGUUCCAAGGAUGAGUAACCAUCACAUGAAUAAUGUUGAUCGCCUAUCUUUUGCUGAAAAGCUAACAUUGAUGCAGUCGUGCAAUUCGCAUGGAGAAGCUAAUUAUCUCCGUGAUGCGGCUACUACAAAUAUGAUAAACCCCUUGCGCAAUAGAAACAACACCAUUCUUGACCUGGAUUUGGCUAGGAAUCAUGGGGCAUACCUUGAGGAUCAUUAUGCUUGGCAGAGUCAGCAGAAUGAAAAUAAUUAUCUUCUUAACUCUGGUCCCUCAUAUAAUGAUAACAGGAUCUAUCAUGACAAGCCUCGCUUUCCCUAUCCAAGAGUGCAAAGAUCAGGGUCCCAGUUUCAUCCUAAUUUGGGGAGCAUUCCGUGUCAUGGUGAGCAGCUAUCACGUCUUUUCUCCUUCAGUCGAAGGGCAGCUGGCAGAAAUAUGGCCCUACAGAGCAAUCAAGAUAAUGUAGCGGCACACUCAGUUGAUUCUUUGGAUAUAAAUGAUGGUGGUCGCUUGGAGCUACUUGAUGCACUGGGAAAUGUCAUGAAAGUCAGUGUUGAUCAAUAUGGAAGCCGGUUUAUUCAACAAAAGCUAGAAGAAGCAUCUGCUGCUGACAGAGAAAAAAUCUUUCCAGAGAUACUAUCUAAUGCUAUUCCUCUAACAACUGAUGUGUUCGGUAAUUAUGUGAUCCAGAAGUUUUUCGAGUUUGCUACAGAAAGCCAGCUAAACCAAUUAGCAGAUAAACUUAACGGUCGAAUUUUCGAGCUUAGCUUCCAUAUGUAUGGCUGCAGAGUUGUUCAAAAGGUUAUUGAGGUUGUUGAUAUGGACAGAAAGAUCGAUAUUGUUCAAGAGCUCAAGAAUUAUGUUCUCAAAUGUAUUGGUGAUCAAAAUGGCAACCAUGUAAUCCAGAAGUGCAUUGAGUGUGUUCCUGAAGAACGCAUUCCAUUUGUUAUAGAGGCUAUACUAUCACAAAUUUUUAUGCUUUGUACUCACCAGUAUGGCUGCAGAGUUAUUCAGAGAGUAUUGGAGCAUUGCCAUGAUCCAGCAACUCAAAGUGCUGUGAUGAAUGAAAUUGUGCAACAUGCUUGUGGUCUGACAGAAGAUAAAUUUGGGAACUAUGUUGUUCAACAUGUCUUGCAACAUGGAAAGCCAGAGGAGCGGUCGUCCAUUAUACAGAAGCUCUCUGGGCAAGUGCUGUUCUUGAGUCAGCAGAAAUAUGCAUCUAAUGUCAUUGAAAAAUGUUUGGUCUAUGGAACUCCUGAAGAACGUGAUGGCCUUAUAAGGGAGAUUGUUUCUUCUGGCCAAACAUUUCAGGCACUGAUGAAGGAUCAGUUUGGCAACUAUGUUGUACAGAAAGUCCUUCAGACCUGUGAUGACAGACACCUUGAGAUGAUCCUGUCAAGCAUCAAGUUGCACCUGAAUGAAUUGAAGACCUACACAUACGGGAAGCAUAUUGUCUCACGUAUUGAGAAGCUAAUCAUCACAGGAGAAAAUCGGGUGCGAAAGGGUUCCAAGACCUGCCAAUGCCAACAGUCACUAAAGUGUACAGAUGUUGACGGUAAUUCUUUUUAGGCAUUGGCAUGAAUUCUGGCGAAACAGGACGGGAUCAUGCAUGUAAUAUCUCUACUUAUGUAGAGAAACAAGAUGUUCUCUUCCUUUGCUGUGUUCUGUAUAGAGCUUAGAGAGGGUUGUGGGAACUUCCGAGUAACUAGACGAGCAUUAGGUUUUGCCGCUGUAUAUCUUUUUUGGCCAUGUACAAGUUUACAGGUGGAUAUAUAGCUGUAAAUUCCAUGGAGCUGUUAUUAGUUGGUGAAUUGUACCGUUUUAAUACAUUUAUGUUAGAGCUGGUAAAUGUGGGCGGCUUUCUUUGGAAAA